AUGAACGGUGACGGAGAAUCUAGCACAAAUAAGUUCGUUCCAGAAUAUAGACGUACUAACUUCAAAAAUAAAGGUAGAUUUACUGCUGAUGAGUUACGUCGUAGAAGAGAUACACAACAAGUCGAAUUAAGAAAGGCUAAAAGAGAUGAAGCUUUAGCCAAGAGAAGAAACUUCAAUACUGCUGCUAGUGGUAUAGAUUCUGAAGAUGAAGACGAAUCUGCCCAAAGUGCUGAUCAGCAAUUUUAUAAUGAAUUACAAAAGGAUUUACCCACUAUGAUUCAACAAAUUCAUUCCUCAGAUUUUCAAGAACAGUUGGCAGCCACUGUAAGGUUCAGACAAAUUUUAUCUAGAGAACACCGUCCUCCAAUUGAUGUUGUUAUUCAAUCUGGUGUAGUUCCAACUUUAGUCAGCUUCAUGAACGAAAAUCAGCCUGAAAUGUUACAGCUAGAAGCUGCUUGGGCCUUGACUAAUAUUGCAUCGGGUACUUCUGAUCAAACUAGGGUUGUAGUAGAAGCCGGUGCUGUUCCACUAUUCAUUCAAUUAUUAUAUAAUCAAUCUGUUGAGGUUCAAGAACAAGCUAUUUGGGCUUUGGGUAAUGUUGCUGGUGACUCUACUGAUUAUAGAGAUUAUGUUUUACAGUGUGGUGCUAUGGAACCAAUCCUAGGCUUAUUUGCAUCUCCAAAGGUUACUUUAAUUAGAACUGCUACAUGGACUCUAUCUAAUCUAUGUAGAGGUAAGAAACCACAACCAGACUGGUCUAUUGUUUCUACUGCGUUACCAACUUUAGCUAAAUUAAUUUAUUCUUUAGAUAAUGAAACCUUAGUAGAUGCAUGUUGGGCUAUCUCCUACUUGUCGGACGGUCCAGCUGAUGCAAUUCAAGCUGUUAUUGAUGUUAGAAUUCCAAAGAGAUUGGUAGAAUUAUUAGAUCAUUCAUCCACAUUGGUUCAGACCCCAGCAUUGAGAGCUGUAGGGAAUAUUGUUACUGGGAAUGAUUUACAAACCCAAGUCGUUAUCAACUGCGGUGUGCUUCCUGCCUUAAGAAAUUUAUUAAGUUCUCCAAAGGAAUCUAUUCAGAAGGAGGCUUGUUGGACUGUGUCCAAUAUUACUGCUGGUAACACUGAACAAAUUCAGGCUGUGAUUGAUGCAAAUAUUGUGCCAUCUUUAGUUAAGUUGUUGAAGAUGGCAGACUAUAAGACUAAGAAGGAGGCAUGCUGGGCUAUCUCAAAUGCCUCUUCUGGUGGGUUACAAAAACCAGACAUUAUCAGAUAUUUAGUUUCUCAAGAUUGUAUAAAACCAUUAUGUGAUCUAUUAGAGAUUGCCGAUAAUAAGAUUAUAGAAGUUACUUUGGAUGCUUUAGAAAAUAUCUUAAAAGUUGGUGAAAGUGAUAAAGAAGCCCGUGGUUUAAGUGUCAAUGAAAAUGCAGAUAUUAUUGAAAGAGCAGGUGGUAUGGAAAAGAUUUUCAAUUGUCAACAAAAUCAAAACGAUAAGAUUUAUGAAAAAGCUUACAACAUUAUUGAAACAUAUUUUGGUGAGGAAGAUGAUGCUAUUGAUGAAAGUAUGGCACCUGAAACCUCUGGAGCCACAUUUGGUUUUGGUUCCAAUGCUAAUCAACAAUUCAAUUUCAAUUAA